AUGAAAGAAAUUAUACAUUUGAUACAGACUAUUGUUGGAAUAAUACACAGCUGGUGGAUCCAAAAACUGUACAGGGCAUAUAAGAAGCUUGCUAAGAAAAUACUUUCCUUUCCAAAGAAGUUUAUUUUAUGGCCGGUAUCAUUGGUCUUCAUGCUUUCUUACCCAGCAUUGUACAGUUUGCAUACAUCCCCAAGUUUUGUAUUCCAUUCGCAUAUUGCUAAUUUCAAGAGUAUAAACGUAGAUUAUUCCCAGAGUACUGAACAUCCCUUUUUUGCUGUCAAGCAGGUCUGGGUACAACGAAACUUAGACCACAACGGUCAUGGCUUGGAACCAGAUGGUGUUGCUCUAGACAGAGAGUUUCUCUUAGACACAUUGGAUUUACAAGAUAAUUUACUUACCAACAUAUCUUAUGAUCUUAGAACUGAUUCGAAUUAUAGUACACCUGAUAUGUUAUUUUUCUUGCAUUCACCGUUACAGUGUUUCGAUAACAAUGCCGACAGCAUUGACCAGGACGAAAAGGGCAUUUUGAAGACAAUAAGAUCUAGAGUGAAUCGAUUAUCACCUGCAGGUAUACAUCUAUCGUCAGAUAGUUUGUUCUCCGGAGUUGUCAAGGUGGAUGGUGUUCUCAAAUCCGCUAACGUGUUAAAGAUCUCGUUGUUGUAUAUUCCAUCAACUGAUGGCUCUGUCGAUGCUGGAACCAUAUGGGAUGAUAAUCUAAGGAAGUUAAUAGAUGGAUCAACACCAUCGAACUUUACCAUUUUUUCUCAUACUGAAUCUCCUUCAGAAAGACACAAAUUUGGCAUACACUUCCUCCCAAUGUCAUGGACAGAUCAUCUCAUUUUAUUUCUAGCAUACGCUUCUAUUGCCACUUACUUCUUUAUCUCUUUGUUCAACCUGCACUCGGUGAAAUCCAGGUUGGGGCUGUUUGUCGCUUUUAUUGUGGAAAUGUCGUUUUCCCUUUUAUCGGCAGCUACCAUUUCAUCUUACCUUUUUAAGGGAAUUGAUCUAUUUCACUUCCCACUCCAAGCUCUGCCGUUUGUAGUAGUUGCUGUUGGAACGGAGAACAUGUUCAGGCUGAUCAAUGCAGUUUUUAGGACGAAUGACUCUUUAUCGACACAAGCAAGGUUAACUAGAAGUAUUGUUUGCAGUGGAAUAGUUUCGACCAAUAUUGUCGUCGUUGAUCUGAUAAUUUUGUUGUUCAUUGUGCCCAGAUUUGUUAGUACUGAAACGAGGCAAUUCUGUAUAUUUGCAGGAAUUGCAUUGAUCAUCCAACAUAUUUUACAUUCAACAUUUUUUACAGCAGUGCUAUUGAUUGAUAUUCGAAGGACAGAACUGGGAGACCUGUUACUUGAAGAGCAUGAUACCGACAAUUGGGACCAAAGAAGAAUUGCCAGAGGCUCCAUGUCGAAUUCAGUUCUAGCAGCUACCACCGCCAAAAUAUUCGGUGAGCGAGUUCAAUUGGUUCUCUAUCAAUAUAUUCUGAAAAUCAGGCUCCCAUUGACAACUACAGUGACUGGCUCCAUCAUUAUGGUUUUGUUCCUUAUUGCUGCAAACAUCCGAUGGAUGGAUGGUCACACCGGAUUACUUUCAGCAUCUACAGUUGUACCUCAGUCAAUCGAGUCUUUUAAUCAGUUGAAUUUUUCCACCCCUUCCAUUCCUUCUCUCUCGCUAGAGUUAACUGGCGUGAAUAGACGGUUCUUGUUCUUUUUGGGAAGCAAAGCUCUUGGUGCAGAGUUGGUAAAAGUGAUGGAACAGUUUGCUUCGUCCAACUCAAUUGGAGAUACUCUACUCAUUGAGGUUGAAGAACCCAAAAUUGCUCUUUCCAAAAGUGUCUUGGAACAAUAUUCAUCGAGCAAUGGUAUUUUCAAUAUGGGCUUGAGCCUUAGUACUGUUUACAAAUUUGAUGGUUAUUAUUUGCUGGAAUUCCUGACAUCUCUUUUGUUUAUCUUGUGCAUUUCAGGACUCGUACUCAACUUCACCAUCAAUUCAGAGAAUGUCAUUUUCAGCAGUUCUCAGCAAUAUAAACAGGCAAGUUCCUUAAUGAAAUCAGAUUCAAGUUCCAAAAGCGCAACGAGUCUUUUUACAGAGAAAGAGAGUGGCACCCCCUUAUUUCAAUCCAGAGAGUUAAUCAACGGGCAUUUUCUGGACAUCAUAAAGAUAAGCACUUCUGCAUGUCCUUUCAUUAUAAGUGUUGGUAUCGAUCACAAACUGUUAGUUUGGUCGCCACUUACCGAUCCUUUACCUUUUCCAACUCAAUUGCCAAUUUCAUCAAGUUUAUGGCCGAUCACCAACGUUGUAAUGUCAAACAAUGGUAGUUUGAUUGCAGUUUUCAGUAAGUCGGGUGUUGUCAAAUGUUGGUCGAGGUUAACGAUGUCUUGGAUUUGGAGAGUCAGAUUUACCUGUUUACAAAACUCAGAAGUACUUGAAUCUUUUUUUCGCAAGAAGACCCCCAUUGCACAUAGGAAGGGAGUCUCAAACAUCAAGAAAUCCUUGGGUUCAAGUCCAAUGUCGAGUCCCCUUACCAAGAAGAAUAGUAACCUUUCUACUAAGUCUACCAAUUCACCCCGUUCAAUGUCUAUUGACUCUACCUACAACAGAACUAACAACCUCCAAUCACUAUCCGAAUGUAAAAAUAAUGAAUUUGUUAUUACUGUGUCGGAAGGUAUCAUGUAUACUAUUGAUUGUAUGUAUGGUGGAGUUCAAGAGAUUCGACUUUCAAAGCUUCCAUUAGUCUGUGCGAGGAAACUAUCUUCUCCUCGUGUGAACAUGAGAUUGAUAGCAAUCGACAUUGAAGGAAAGCUUCUUAUUGCUACUGUGGUAAAUAAUAAGUGGAAAGUAAGAUCGCUUCCUAUCCAGCCUGAAGCCUCUAAUUCCAAUAAAGGGACUAUGGAAUUGUUGUCUGGUCCAAAUUCAUUGGUUUAUAAUCAACCACAUGUGUCCGCUGUUUCAUCACCAUUAGCGUCAGCACCAGUUCAAUCCGGCGAUACGAAGCUUUCAAAUGAAUCUACGAGAAAGCAUAUUGGAAAGGAAAUUUCUAACGUUCCGUCCGAUUUCAAAGAAGUUGUGAUUGAUAUGGUACCUUUUGUUGGAAUGUUUGUUCAGGCUAAAGGCCUGGUAGCAGAGCUGGUCGACGUCCAAACAGGUACUAUUGUAAAGUCGUUUUCUAUCGGCCAGUUUAAGAAAGACACCUUCAGGGUGUUUCAUUCGACUCCAGCACACUGCAAGUUUUGUGGAUGUGCUUCGAUAUCUUCCUUCUCCAUCGCUUACACAGAAAAAGAUUCAGACGUGUUGAUAUUACACACCUUCAGCAUAGACAACAGAGCCAAGAACAAUAUCUGUUUGCGUGUAGAAAGAGAUGUUAGAGAAACAAGAUGUUUAGGUUUUUCUUCAGUUACUGAGCACCAGCAUUGGCUUGAUGGUGUUGAGAGAUGGGUCACGACUGAUCUAAACAUGUUGAUUGGUGUACGAAAGAAAGGAGAGGGUGAGACGGAAAACAUCAAAGAUACAGAAGGCUAUUCGACAUCAUUAGAUUUCGUAGAAGGCUCUUCGGGACUAAUUAAAAGAGUAGGGUCCCCUAUAUCCAGAGAACCGUCCCCCACCAUGCCUCACCUGAGUGACAUUUGGGAAGGUUGGACCAUGUCAUCAAAUGGUCAGGUUCAUUAUUUCGAGAUUCCGAAUGGGGUAGACGAAGGCCUUUUGAUAAAAAAGAUUGGACCCGUUGCCAAAUUUGGGCACAAAUCUAUUGUUGUGGCUUUUGGUAAUGUCAUGAAAAUUCUUUAUCUAGGUAACGAUAACCUUAUUGAGGAGGAUAGUGAAGGAAACAUAGGCACUGAGGAUUCGUCACCUGGUGGAACAAAUUCUGCCCUUUCAUUUAUCAACAGAAGACGAAAUAUGAGAAUGAAGAAGUAUGAACUUACUCACUCUACCAACUUUACAGAGAACUCUGUUUCGUCUUUGGACUAA